GAAAACCUACAGUUCAGACAAUUACUAGUACAGUUAAGACGUCGACAACUGAAACUACAGUAACCUCGACAAGUAAUCCGGAAGUACCUACGUCAUCUUCAACAACUACAGUUACCACUGGAAAGCCGGAAGUAUUUACAACUGUAAUUACAAUAACGAAGACGAAAUCAGGAAAAACUACAAUUCAGACAAUUACUAGUACAGUUAAGACAUCGACAACUGAAACUACAGUAACCUCGACAAAUAAUCCAGAAGUGCCUACAUCUUCAGCAACUACAAUUUCCACUGGAAAUUCAGGAGAAACUACAGUAACAACGACAAACAAUCCGGAAGUACCUACAUCAUCCUCAACAACUACAGUUACCACUGGAAAGCCGGAAGUAUCUACAACUGUAAUUACAAUAACGAAGACGAAAUCAGGAAAAACUACACUUCAGACAAUUACUAGCACAGUUAAGACAUCGACAACUGAAACUACAGUAACCUCGACAAAUAAUCCAGAAGUGCCUACAUCUUCAGCAACUACAAUUUCCACUGGAAAUUCAGGAGAAACUACAGUAACAACGACAAACAAUCCGGAA